AUGGCCGAGAGUUCCUUGCCCCUAUACUCAAAAAAAGGGAAAGCUCUCGCCAUACCCGAAAUAUUCCCGGAAGAUCCAGACGAGAGAGUGCCAUUCUUUGCUAGGAUUCUGAACGAGAGAUUGCCCAAGGGCUACAGGGCCCCGUCGAUCGGAGAGUAUGACAGGAGAAAAGACUCGAAAGAGCAUUUACGCAAGUUUAAAAAUGCAGCCCUGUUGCACCAGUACAGUGAUGCUGUCAAGUGUCGAGUUUUCUUGAACACUUUGGUUGGCUCUGCCUUGAAGUGGUUUGAUGGGCUACCUCAAGGAUCCAUCACCUGUUUCUUGGAUUUCAAGACGGUCUUUCUUCGUCGUUUUACCAGUAGUAAAAAAUAUCAGAAAACAUAUCACUAUCUUUUCGCUCUUAAGCAAGGGUCGACCGAGCCCUUAAGAAGUUAUAUCAACCGCUUCAAUCAAGUGGCUCAGGAUGUACCCACUGCCACUUCGAAAAUUCUGAUGAGCACCUUUUCUCAUGGAGAUGGUCGAGCCCUUGAGAAGGAGAAUUCUUCAAAGAUCUCAUUAAAAAUCUCGCUCGGAACUUUGAUGAGAUGGUCGAGAAAGCUGCUUGCUAUAUCAAAGUGGAAGAAGCACAAGCAGCUCAGAGGAAAGCCGAAAGACCACCUCCUUCCACCAACAAGCCAGAAAGAAUGGUACCUCAACCACCUCCUUAACCUUUGCCGCGAGUUAGGGAGGUCAGGUCUGCUUUUCAUCCCGGGCCAGAAAUCAGACCAGCCCCCCGAGUCGCAGCCGUGCAUGCCCCCCGACCUGGACCGUGGAACACUCGGUACUUUUACUCGGAACUCCAAGCGGGCUGCAGAGUUGGGAUUACCACCACCAGAACUAGCCCCUCAAGUGCUCAAGAUGAUGGAAGGGCAACAAGCCGCGGCUGGACAGGCCGGGCAACCCCGCCCCAACCUAGCAGGACCCAGACCAACUGAUGGAGACUCAGGAAGAGCGCACAAGUCCCACGUGCGGCGCUUGGAAGUGCACGCUGUGGGAUGCAGUCAAGAGCAGGCUGCGGGCCCUGUUAUCAGCUUUGGGCCCGCAGACCUUGAAGGUCUAGAGCUGCCUCAUGAUGAUGCCCUGAUCAACAAGGCUAUCAUCGCCAAUAGCCGAGUUGCUCGGGUUUUCGUUGACACCGGGAGCUCGGUUAAUAUUUUGUUUAGAGCUGCAUAA